UGAGCUUUGUCAAUAUUAGAGAACUGGCUAUCUGUUAACUAUCUAUGCAUGUUUUAAGUCAGUUGCUGGAUAAAUGUAGUAGUUAUGUAACCGGUAUUUAAGUGUAGAAGUGGCAUUAGGUGGAAUUCAUAAUUGUGUUUUACUCAGAUCUUGCAGGGUUGUGGUAUGUUUACGUUUUAAUAAGGUUUGUAGCGGCUACAAAGUUGAAGAUGAAUGUGAACCAGGGGACAGUUGGUAGUGACCCCGUCAUUUUGGCCACAGCUGGGUAUGACCACACGGUGCGAUUCUGGCAGGCACACAGCGGCAUCUGCACAAGGACAGUCCAGCAUCAGGACUCGCAGGUGAAUUCCCUGGAAGUGACUCCAGAUAGGAGUAUGAUCACAGCUGCAGGUUACCAACACAUCCGUAUGUAUGAUCUGAACUCUAACAACCCCAACCCUGUCAUCAACUAUGAUGGUGUCAGUAAGAACAUCACAUCAGUGGGCUUCCAUGAGGAUGGCCGCUGGAUGUACACUGGAGGGGAGGACUGCAUGGCUCGUAUCUGGGACCUUCGGUCAAGGAACUUGCAAUGCCAAAGAAUCUUCCAGGUCAAUGCGCCUAUUAACUGCGUUUGUCUACAUCCUAAUCAGGCAGAAUUGAUAGUUGGGGACCAGAGUGGAGUGAUUCAUAUUUGGGAUCUGAAAACCGACCACAAUGAGCAGCUCAGCCCUGAGCCAGAGGUUUCUGUCAACUCCGUCCACAUCGACCCCGAUGCCAGCUACAUGGCCGCAGUCAACAGUUCAGGGAACUGUUAUGUGUGGAACCUGGCGGCGGGAAAGGGGGAUGAGGUGACCCAGCUCAUUCCCAAGACCAAGAUCCCAGCUCACAAGCGCUACUCCUUACGCUGCAAAUUCAGCCCCGAUUCCACGUUACUGGCCACUUGUUCUGCAGAUCAGACCUGUAAGAUCUGGAGGACGUCCAACUUCCAGCUGAUGACAGAGCUGAGCAUCAAGAGCAACAACCCUGGGGAGACGUCCCGCGGCUGGAUGUGGGACUGCGCCUUCUCAGGAGACUCUCAGUACAUCGUCACAGCCUCCUCAGACAACCUGGCACGGCUGUGGUGUGUGGAGACGGGUGAGAUCAAGCGGGAGUACAGCGGCCAUCAGAAGGCUGUGGUGUGCCUGGCGUUCAAUGACAGCGUGCUGGGCUGAGUCACUGCGGCAGCUCGGCCAAAGGGUGACCUCUGACCUCCAGCAUCACUCCCAGCUAUGACUCUCCUGCAGGACUCUAGCAUCUCACAAGCUGUCUAAGCUGACCUCAGAAGGAAAGGAACCUGCAUUUCAAAACCCUUAUUUACAGAAGGACCAGAUCGGUUAUAGCUCUGAUGUGCAACCUGAACCAGAUGCGUGUGCGAGUCUUGUAGUUGUCUGUUUGACUGCAAGAAUGACCAAAUGUAAUAAAUGUAAU